GCUCAGCACCCACCUACUCCCGCUCCCGCGCCAGACUCCGCUGCGGCCCGCGAGCGCGCCGGCAGGCAGUGGCUCGAGCUUUGCACCAGUUUGUAGGUCCGCGGCCGAGGCGCCAGCGCCCGCACCCCCGUGCAGACAGGCCGGCAGCCGAGAGGGCUUGGCUCGCGCCCACCCAGCUCCCAGAGUAAACGGCGCACCGAGCGGCAAUGACCGCCGAGGAGAUGAAGGUGGUCGAGAGCGGGGUGCAGACGGCGCCGCUGCCCAUCGAGGGAGUGGACAUCAGCCCCAAGCAGGAUGAAGGCGUGCUGAAGGUCAUCAAGCGAGAGGGCACGGGCACGGAGACACCCAUGAUUGGGGACCGAGUCUUAGUUCACUACACUGGCUGGCUGUUAGAUGGCACCAAGUUUGACUCCAGUCUGGACCGCAAGGACAAAUUCUGCUUUGACCUGGGAAAAGGGGAGGUCAUCAAGGCUUGGGACAUUGCCGUAGCAACCAUGAAAGUGGGAGAAGUAUGCCACAUCACCUGCAAACCAGAAUAUGCCUACGGUUUGUCAGGCAGCCCUCCAAAGAUCCCUCCCAAUGCCACACUUGUGUUUGAGGUGGAGUUGUUCGAGUUCAAGGGAGAGGACCUGACAGAAGAAGAAGAUGGCGGAAUCAUCCGGAGAAUACAGACUCGGGGCGAAGGUUUUGCCAAGCCCAAUGAUGGUGCUCUUGUGGAAGUCGCACUGGAAGGAUACUACCAGGACCAGGUAUUUGACCAGCGGGAGCUCCACUUUGAGAUUGGUGAGGGGGAGAUUCUGCAUCUGCCUUGUGGGCUGGAGAAAGCCAUUCAGCACAUGGAAAAAGGAGAAUAUUCCAUUGUGUACCUCAAGCCCAGCUAUGCUUUUGGCAGUGUCGGGAAGGAAAAGUUCCAAAUCCCACCAAAUGCUGAGCUGAAAUAUAAAGUCCACCUCAAGAGUUUUGAGAAGGCCAAGGAGUCUUGGGAGAUGAAUUCAGAGGAGAAGCUGGAACAGAGCACCAUAGUGAAAGAGCGGGGCACUGUGUACUUCAAGGAAGGCAAGUACAAGCAAGCUUUACUGCAAUACAAGAAGAUUGUAUCCUGGCUGGAAUACGAGUCAAGUUUCUUGAGUGAGGAAGACACACAGAAGGCACAGGCCCUUCGGCUGGCCUCCCACCUCAAUCUGGCCAUGUGUCAGCUGAAGCUACAGGCUUUUUCAGCUGCCAUUGAAAGCUGUAAUAAGGCCCUGGAACUGGACGGCAACAAUGAGAAAGGUCUUUUCCGCCGAGGAGAGGCCCACCUGGCAGUGAAUGACUUUGACUUGGCACGGGCUGACUUCCAGAAGGUCCUGCAGCUCUACCCCAGCAACAAAGCCGCCAAGGCCCAGCUGGCUAUCUGCCAGCAGCGGAUUCGCAAGCAGCUUGCACUGGAGAAGAAGCUCUAUGCCAAAAUGUUUGAGAGGCUAACUGAGGAGGAGAGCAAGGCCAAGGCAGCAAUAGCUGCGGGAGACUAUCAUGCUGACACAGAGAUGAAGGAUGAGCAGAAGAAGGAUGUGGCAGGGAGCCAGUCUCAGGUGGAGACAGAAGCAUAGCCUCUCCCCAUCCCUACUCCUACGGUUGCCUGACUACCCUGCUCCCUACUCUACUCUACCCUGUUCGUUUUGUAAAAACUGAAGAAUUUUGAGUGAAUUAGACCUUUAUUUUUCUAUCUGGUUGGAUGGUGGCUUUGAGGGGAAGGGAAAAGGAGUAGGCUGGGGGAUUAAGGUGGGGGAUCAUUUUAGGUGUUGUGGCCCCGCCUCUUCCCUUCCCUCUUCCCCCAUUACACGUGAAUGAAUGUCCAUCCACAUGCAUACAUCAGAAUGUUAAUUUAUUUUGCUUCCUCUGUUUGCUAUGUCCAUUUUUCAAAUGGUAGAAGGGGGUGAGUGGUAGAGAUGUAGGGUCAGAUGUGAAACCAGGGUAGAGAGGGAGACAUCCUGGGCAGCCAAAUCUCAUUCUUUCCUCCUCCCUAUCCAUUUCCAAACAUGUGGCCUCGAGGUGGGUGCUAGAGGCAUAGGAAAAACCACUGUCGUGCUCAUCACUUCUCAGUUCUCUUCCUCACCCCAGAUGGUAUGGUUAAUGAUGUCUUCUGGAGUCAUGGUUACCACUCCCUGUGCUCCCUUCCAGUAUUCCCCUUCCGAUCAGUUUCCCUUCUCAGCCAGGUUGUCCUCACCCCCACCCCCAGCCUCUUCUCUGCACGUUGCUAAAGGUCCAGGCUCACCUCAAGUUCUGCACUUGAGCAAUAAAGUGGAACAAAUAAAACCUGGGUGUCUGGCAACCCUUUUUGUUUUGGCCUCAGGGGCUAGGGAAGGGUGGCUACCCUAUGGGGGCAAAAUUAAGGGAUUCACCCACUUCAUCCCCAGUUCUUAAAUGCAGCACCUGAUAGUAAUAGAGAAGCUAUAGUUGAGCGGGGAGCAGCAGUGCCAUGCAAGCCUUCUGGCACUGUACUGGCUGCUGCCAGGACCUAUGCUGAGGCCUGUCCAGAGGCUCCCAGCACUUCCCCCAGAAGCCUGGCAGUUUUUAAUAACUGGUUUUCUUCCCAAACACUUGGAAAGAGGAAGAUAUAAACAACUAAAAUAUUGGGACCAAUUGUGUUUGUUUUGAAGUUAGAUUUAUUUAUUUCUACCUAAUUGAUCCCAUAGAAGCACAAGCUCCCUUUGUACCUUAACAAGGUAAAAUCUGAUGUAAUACCUCCUGUCAAGACACCUUUACACAAUGUAGAGAGAAGGGAAGAACAGUCCUCAAGCUAGGGAACGUAGGCAGUUAGGCCUGCUUUCCAGUUUCCUUAGCCCUGACUGGAAAAAAACUUACACUUUUUUUCUAACUAUGCUCUGACCCUUGACAUAUGACAGGGGGCCCUGGGAAAAGCCACAGGGCAUAAGACGGUCAUGUUGAGCCUUCUCCGGGUUUUGGCUGCAGGCCAGAGCCUAUAACUAUGCCCUUAUCAUUCUCUUCUGUGUAGGCUGUGUAGUCUUUCCUACACAGGGACAGAACUAGUCUGCCUACCCAUGUGCCUGUACAGUUCCUUCUAGAAGAAUUUUCUCCAUACUUUUACUAUGGAAGAUUAACUUUUGUGUGAAAAAUUUGGCUAAGUCAUACAGCAUGGCUAGUGCUAGAACCAGACCUUAAAUUUGGGCAUUCUAGUCUCCCAAUGUCAACGGCUUGCUCUCUUGCUGGGUUCACAUUAUAGUUCUGUGCUUGGGGAUUGUGUCUGAGUCUUUCUGGUAUUUCAAGAUUAGACUUGCCCUUGCAGGCCAAUGAUAAUGGCUAACCCUCAGAAAGCACUUAAUGAUGUAAACCUAGCACUAAACCAAGAGCCUCAUGCUUAUUAAUCUUAAGCCUUGUAACCAUCCUACAAAGGAGGUAUCACCCCACUUACAGAUGAGGAAACCAAGGCCCGGAAGUUAAUGGAAAGGUCUGCCUGGAAUGUGAGAUCUCUUGAACGAAUCCAAACUCCUCUGCCAUGGGGUUCAUGUGACCUUGGGUAAACUAAACCUCUUUUAAGGAGUUUCCUUUCAGCUCUGAAUGCUUCUUUAGGAAUCUGAGAAUUUAAAACAUAACUGUACUUCUGUAGAACUCUGUAGCUGAACAAUCCUUAGUUAAUGUGACGUUACAAUUGUCUUGUGAGGAUGUUUUAUUAAAGUGGCCAGAAAUCUUUAAGGUUAAAAAUAAAUCCACCACGUACUCCACUGUG